AUGGAGAAUCAUAAGAAAGUAGAACAGCUACCAGACUGGUCGAAUAUGUCCACAGAGAUAUUGGAGCAGUUUUGCAAGCGCUUGACAAUUCCAAACCAAGUUCGAUUCAGUAGUGUGUGCAAGUCUUGGCUUUCUGCUAAUACGUCAAAGAAAGCCUACCAUUGGAUCCCUGACGCACCAUGGCUCGUCAGCAAAGACUACACCAAUGCUCAAUUUCAGGUCAUAAGCAACACAGAUAAGCAAGCCUACAAGAUUUUCAAGCCCUUCAAACCCUUGCCAGACACUUUAAUUGUAGGGUCCUUCAAAGGCUGGUUGAUCCUUAAUUCCAAAUUUAAGCUCUUCAUUCUCAACCUCUUCUCGAAACUUCACCUUGACCUCCCUUAUCAUAGUACAGUCGGAAUCAAUGACAUUCACUCACCGUGCGCUUUUUCUUUAUCAAUGUGUCCCAACAUGAACCCUACCGCAGCUGCAAUGGUCACGUAUGGUGGUUGCUUAGGGUGGUGCAAGGUAGGUGAUACUGCAUGGAAAUAUCACUACACAACUGGCGAGUUCUAUGCCAAUGUCACUUUUAACAAUGACAAGCUUUAUGUUGUGGACCGAGACGGCAAGAAGGUGAAAAUGUUCAAGUAUGAUGAGGGAGUGCUCAUUCAGGUUGGUAGUGUGGAAUCCCCCAGGCCUAGUGGAAACCUUCUUCAAUCAGCAACUAUUGACAUGAGAAUCUACUUGGUGGUAUGUGGAGGAAAGGUUUUGGUUGUGGGGAGGAUCGAUGAUUACACCAAAGCUCUCAAACCAAACGUGAAAUUUGUAAUUUCAAUGGUGGAAGAGAGUUCUAGCAUGCUAGUGAAGGUGCAAAGUUUAGAUGAUCAUGUUUUGUUUGUGUCGAACUCAAACAUUGAAUGUCUUGAUGCUAAGUAUUGUUCGGGGUUUCGGCGCAACUGUGUGUACUUCACUUGCUACUUUAAACAUUACAUCACUUCUGAAGUGAAAGAGUUUUCAGUUGCGAAUGGAGUUGUACUUAGGAGUAUUCUUUCCAUGGGCCACCAUAUGUACUCUCCGAUUUGGGUGUUGCCUAGGUUUCCAUUUGAUUGUGACUGUGAGAAGUGCACCUCUGCACAGUGGAUAACGCCUGAGAAAAUGGAGGAAAAACUUGUGCUGGAACUUAAGCAACGUAGAAUCGUUUAUUUGUGA